CUGGGAUACGUAGUCUGGCCGGGCCUAGGACGCCCCCUCGGAUGAAUGGGUCCGGGGCUGACCGCGAACUACAGCUUCUUGGCCCGAGGCUUUAGCCGCGGUAGCUGAGGAAGGGGUGCGAGCGGCAGCCCCGGGGUAGAGUUCCGCUCCGGGGUGGAGGCGAUGUUCCGUGCCGCGGCUGAGGCUGCAACUCGGCUACCUGGGGUAGUGGUAUAGGCAGGCGCUUCCUCUGCGCGCUCGCCCCCCUUCCCCGUUACCGGCAUGCACCCGCUCUGCGCGGUGGGCCUGGUUUUCGCAGGCUGCUGCAGUAACGUGAUCUUCCUAGAGCUGUUGGUGAGGAAGCACCCGGGAUGUGGGAACAUCGUGACAUUUGCACAAUUUUUAUUUAUCGCCGUGGAAGGCUUCCUCUUUGAAGCCCGCUUGGGAACGAAGCGGCCAGCUAUCCCAAUAAGAUACUAUGCCACAAUGGUCACCAUGUUCUUCACCGUCAGCGUGGUGAACAACUACGCCCUGAACCUCAACAUCGCCAUGCCUCUGCACAUGAUAUUUAGAUCUGGCUCUCUAAUUGCCAACAUGAUUUUAGGGAUUAUCAUUUUGAAGAAAAGAUACAGUAUGUUCAAAUACACUUCCAUCGCCCUGGUGUCUGUGGGGAUAUUUAUCUGCACCUCCAUGUCAGCAAAGCAAGUGACUUCGCAGUCCAGCUUGAGUGACGGAUUCCAGGCAUUCACAUGGUGGUUACUAGGCAUUGGAGCCUUGACCUUCGCUCUUCUGACGUCCGCCAGGAUGGGCAUUUUCCAGGAGACUCUGUACAAGCAGUUCGGGAAACACUCCAAGGAGGCUUUGUUCUAUAAUCAUGCCCUUCCCCUGCCUGGAUUCAUCUUCUUGGCUUCUGAUAUCUACAGCCACGCCGUCCUUUUCAAUAAGUCUGAGUCAUACCAAGUUCCCGUCGUCGGGGUGACAGUGCCCGUCAUGUGGUUCUACCUCCUCAUGAAUGUCGCUACCCAGUAUGUGUGCAUCCGGGGCGUCUUCACCCUCACCACAGAGUGCACCUCCCUCACCGUCACCCUCGUUGUGACUCUGCGCAAGUUCGUGAGUCUCAUCUUCUCCAUCCUGUACUUCCAGAACCCGUUCACUCUGUGGCACUGGCUGGGCACCUCGUUCGUCUUCAUUGGGACGCUGAUGUACACAGAGGUGUGGAACAGCCUGGGGACCACAAAAAGCCAGCCGUGGAAGGAGGACAAGAAGAACUGAGCACUUUUCGGUCAGUCACGUGCUCCUGGCAUCAUCAGAACAACUACCUGAGUGACCAAGCAAAUGGAGACACUGGUGACACCAGGGCUGGACUUUUCCCCAGUGUGUUGGGAAAGUGGUGGUUGUCCCUGUGAGCCAAGCUCCGGUGACAGUGGGGCGGGACUGGGGCGAACCCUUUCCCACAGUCUGUAGUGUCGUCUAUGCAAAACUGUGCUUUCCCUCCGGCUGUCUGUGCUUAGAGCAGACCUGCAGCACAUCUCUACGGCACAGUGUUAAUAAGAAAAAAAAGUUGUGUAUCAAUUGGGGAAGAGACGUUUUUUCCCCUCUUCUACAUGAAGCCCAUGCGCCUCGAGCUGAGGAGGUGACACCAGGGUGGCCCAGGAGAAGCUGGCCUUGGUCAUCACCCAGCGAGCCACAGCAUCCCCAGGCCUCCUUCCGAGUGGGCAGGUUAAGUCUUUGAAGGGCUUCUGAACCAAGGAGGUUUCACUCGGCCUAACAGUUCUGACAGUUGCAAGCAGACUAGUGAGUAGAUUAAAAUAUGGCGUUGGUGUGUAAAUCAGGUCAAAUCACAAUUAAAGUGGAAGGUUUUCUUUGUUUUUCUAUAAGGUAUCUUGUUUGUGAUGGGUAUGUGUGAGGGUCGGGGUCGUAUGUGCUUUAUUACACGUAGAAAGGUGGCCCCCCUUUUACUCACCCGGUUUGCCUCCCCUGGCAUAACGUUGAGACGGAGAACGACGUCAGCCAGCGUGGUGUGUCCCCUCCUGCAGUUUGUUCGUGACCAUGCGGGAGAGAAGAGCACGAGAGUCGGGGUUCUUUCAUUUCCUCCACCUUCACUUAGCCCUGGACCGUGAUUGACCUCACGCAAGUAUGUGCGUGCUCUCCCAUCGGCAGGUGCAUGUACUGGCCGCUUUCUCUCUGCACAUAGAGGCCGUUCUUCUUUUCCUGGGUGCAGGCUGUGUUCUUAAAUUGGGAGGUGGCUCCACCUGGGAUUACUCACGGGGUGGCCUGUGGUCCAAGAUGGCAGUGUGAGAGGACACACCGAAUGCACAUCUGUGUCUAGAGGAGCCAUCUCUGGGACAUGGCUAUGGGACAGCUGAAGAGGAGGCUCCCCGGAGAAGCAGGGAGGCCUACAGGAGCUCUCCAGAAUCUCGGGGAACUCACCGGGAUUGGAGGAG